CUGAAGUCGAGCGCAAUGGACACGGAAGGUACCCACUUCGACUGCAACUGUCCGCACAUUUUCGUCGUUUUCGGCGCAUCGGGAGAUUUGGCUAGAAAGAAGAUUUAUCCUACCCUGUGGUGGUUGUUCCGCGACAAUCUGCUCCCUUCGGACACUAAAUUCAUUGGGUAUGCUCGCAGCAAACUGUCAGUUGCUGAGCUGAAGGAGAAAUGUCGUCAGUACAUGAAGGUGAAGGAUGAUCAGAUGGCAAAGUUUGAAGAGUUUUGGGCGGUAAAUUUCUACGUUGCGGGCAGUUACGAUUCGCGGCGUGAUUUUGAGCUGCUCAACCAGGAAAUCAGCAAGUUCGAGGUAGGACGUGCCGCAAACCGGUUGUUCUAUCUCGCGUUGCCACCGUCCGUGUUCGAAUCAGUUACGGUACACAUCCGCAACACUUGCAUGGGCGCGAAGGGAUGGAAUCGCAUAAUUGUGGAGAAACCGUUCGGUCGUGAUGCGGAGAGCUCGAACGUGCUGAGCGUUCAUUUGGCGAAGUUAUUUACGGAGGAUCAACUGUACCGUAUCGAUCACUAUCUGGGGAAGGAGAUGGUACAGAACCUGAUGACGAUACGGUUUGGCAAUCAGAUAUUUAGCCCCACCUGGAACAGGGCACAUGUCGCUUCGGUACUGAUCACAUUUAAGGAACCGUUCGGUACGCAGGGCCGUGGUGGAUAUUUUGAUGAUUUCGGUAUCAUACGCGAUGUGAUGCAGAACCAUCUACUGCAGAUACUGUCGCUGGUGGCGAUGGAAAAACCGGCCACCUGCCAUCCGGACGAUAUUCGUAACGAAAAGGUGAAGGUGCUGAAAAGCAUCAAGGAGCUAUCGAUAGAGGAUGUUGUGCUUGGGCAGUAUGUGGCAAAUCCGAACGGUACGGAUGAGGAUUCGCUGAUGGGAUAUUUGGAUGAUCCGACCGUGCCGAAGGGUUCGGUAACGCCCACGUACGCGCUGGCCGUGCUGAAGAUCAACAACGAGCGGUGGGAUGGCGUACCGUUCAUUCUCCGUUGCGGUAAGGCGUUGAAUGAGCGCAAGGCGGAGGUACGCAUCCAGUACCACGAUGUGCCGGGAGAUAUCUUUGAUGGGAAACCGAAGCGUAACGAGCUGGUGAUUCGUGUGCAGCCCGGCGAAGCACUGUACGUGAAGAUGAUGACCAAAUCGCCCGGCAUUACGUUCGAUAUGGAGGAAACGGAGCUCGACCUAACGUACGGGCAUCGUUACAAGGAUGUGGCGCUGCCGGAUGCGUACGAGCGGUUGAUACUGGACGUGUUCUGCGGUUCCCAGAUGCACUUCGUGCGUGCGGACGAGCUGAGCGAAGCUUGGCGCAUCUUUACGCCGCUACUGCACUACGUCGAGCAGGAACGGCCGGAACCGAUCAAAUACAUUUACGGCUCGCGUGGACCGAAGGAGGCGGACCGGAAGUGUGAUGAGAACAAUUUCAAGUACUACGGUUCGUACAAGUGGCACCAGAAGCAUUGA